AUGACACUCCUACCACCACCACCAACAACGUCAACAACCCAAAUCCCCCAACAUGUAACCGCUCUCCUCUCGCACCUCACCUCCCGCCCCGGCGUCCAAUCCACCUUCAUCCUCUCCCGCAAAGACGGCUCCAUAAUCCAAAGUACCGGGCUGUAUGCGAAACCGCCAUCUCCUUCUCCAACGAGUGCGGCUGCAGCUGCAGCGCAGCAAUCACCGCGCACCGAGACCAUCUCCGCACCUGUAGACGGGACCGAGGCCGAGACCGAACCGCAGACUGAAACUGAAGCUGGAACUGAGCCCGCGCCCGCUGAGACGGAUGCUGCUCAACCCCCGACUACGAGACAGCCAAAUCAACAACAACAGUCUAAAGAAGGAGGGACAACGCAACCGUAUCAGCCGUCGCAGGGCGAGGCUCUAGCGGCGCAUAUCUUUGCGUUUGUGGCUAGUGCGUCGGAACUUAGUCUUGCGCUGUCUGGGGCGGAGGAUGAUGGGGAUGGGGAUGGGGUUGUUAGACAGGUGGAUGGGGGGGUUUCUGGUGAAGGAGGAAGUGGCUCUGGUGCUGGUGCUGGUGGUGCUGGGGAGAAGGAAGAGGGUGAUGAUGAGGUCAAGUUGUUGAGGUUGAGGACGAAGAGGCAUGAGAUUGUCGUCGUGCCGGAUAGGAAGUUUUUGCUUUGUGUGGUGCAUGAUGCGCAUCAUGGGGGUGUUGGGGCGGGUGCGAGUGGGGGUGCGGCUGGGGUGAGGAGGUAA